CUGUGGAGCGUUGCGUUUCGCCGCGGUUUAGACUCGGCGCGAACAGAUCAUUCGCAUUUGACUCACUUUCAAGAUUUGCACGAAAGGCACCUUUCGCUCUUCGGAUAGAUAACUAUAGCAGGCGGUAGAAACCUAAACUUUCCAACCAGAUCCGGGAGAGGAGAAGAGAGGGGGGAAAACAUGGACAUGAAAAAGAGAAUUCACCUAGAACUGAGAAAUAGGACGCCGUCGGAUGUUCAGGAGCUGGUCCUGGAUAACUGUCGGUCGAACGAGGGGAAGAUGGAGGGCAUAACGGAGGACUUUGACAACCUGGAACUGUUGAGUCUCAUCAACGUCGGCCUCGUAGACGUCUCAAACAUACCCAAACUGGGGAAAUUAAAAAAGCUGGAGCUGAGCGACAACAGGAUAUCCGGUGGUCUGGAGGUGCUGGCUGAGCGGCUGGUCAACCUCACACACCUCAACCUCUCUGGGAACAAGUUCAAGGACAUCAGCACACUGGAACCACUGAAAAAGCUUCCCAUAUUGAAGUCCCUGGACCUGUUUAACUGUGAGGUCACCAAUCUGGGAGACUACAGAGAGAGCAUCUUCAAGCUCCUCCCACAGCUCACGUACCUGGACGGCUACGAUAUCGAAGACUGCGAGGCCUCCGACUCGGACGGCGAGGGAGACGGGGACGACGAUGACGAAGAGGGGGAGGAGGGAGAGUCUGAGGAGGACUUUGAUGAAGAGGAGGAGGAUGACGAAGAGGUAAUUGCAGAGGAAGAUGACGACAGUGCAGAGAGUGGAGAGGAUGUGGAGGUGAACGGAGAUAUCGAUGACGAUGAUGAUGACGACGAUGAUGAUGAUGAGGAUGACUCUCCAGAGAGAGGAGAGAAGAGGAAGAGGGAACCUGAUGAUGAAGAUGAUGAUGAUGGAGUGUCCUCACCUCCACCCCUCAAUAUCUGAUACAUCCUGACCCCUCCACCCCUCAAUAUCUGAUACAUCCUGACCCCUCCACCCCUCAAUAUCUGAUACAUCCUGACCCCUCCACCCCUCAAUAUCUGAUACAUCCUGACCCCUCCACCCCUCAAUAUCUGAUACAUCCUGACCCCUCCACCCCUCAAUAUCUGAUACAUCCUGACCCCUGCACCCCUCAAUAUCUGAUACAUCCUGACCCCUCCACCCCUCAAUAUCUGAUACAUCCUGACCCCUCCACCCCUCAAUAUCUGAUACAUCCUGACCCCUGCACCCCUCAAUAUCUGAUACAUCCUGACCCCUCCACCCUCAAUAUCUGAUACAUCCUGACCCCUGCACCCCUCAAUAUCUGAUACAUCCUGACCCCUGCACCCCUCAAUAUCUGAUACAUCCUGACCCCUCCACCCCUCAAUAUCUGAUACAUCCUGACCCCUCCACCCCUCAAUAUCUGAUACAUCCUGACCCCUGCACCCCUCAAUAUCUGAUACAUCCUGACCCCUCCACCCCUCAAUAUCUGAUACAUCCUGACCCCUCCACCCCUCAAUAUCUGAUACAUCCUGACCCCUCCACCCCUCAAUAUCUGAUACAUCCUGACCCCUCCACCCCCUCAAUAUCUGAUACAUCCUGACCCCUCCACCCCUCAAUAUCUGAUACAUCCUGACCCCUCCACCCCUCAAUAUCUGAUACAUCCUGACCCCUGCACCCCUCAAUAUCUGAUACAUCCUGACCCCUCCACCCCUCAAUAUCUGAUACAUCCUGACCCCCUCCACCCCUCAAUAUCUGAUACAUCCUGACCCCUCCACCCCUCAAUAUCUGAUACAUCCUGACCCCUGCACCCCUCAAUAUCUGAUACAUCCUGACCCCUCCACCCCUCAAUAUCUGAUACAUCCUGACCCCUCCACCCCUCAAUAUCUGAUACAUCCUGACCCCUCCACCCCUCAAUAUCUGAUACAUCCUGACCCCUGCACCCCUCAAUAUCUGAUACAUCCUGACCCCCUGCACCCCUCAAUAUCUGAUA